UGUAAUAAAUAAGUAAAUAGGAUCUCCGGCAAUCCACAACAGUGGGCUCAAAGUUGAUCCAUGAUGAAGUUGUUUUUAGUGUUAUUAGGCAUAGGCAUAGGCAUAGCCUCAUGUGCAGUGCCUAAAGAUCAGAAGACUAGAGACUUUCACGUUGAAGCAGAUGACAAUGGCGAUUGGACUCUCAAUGUUAUCACUGAUGGUGUCACCAGUGUCCUCGGGACUAUAGGCCGUGGGGUCCCUAAGGACAAAGUGACCUUCGAGAUGAGCGAGAGUCGGGACGAAGCCAGUGGUGGGUACAGACUGUCCAUCAGGUGGGACGGACCCCCUGACGUAGUAUUUGAAGACUGCUUCGAUUUCAAGGACAGACAAUGGUUUGGUGGCCCUCAACAAAAGCAACAAUACUGGCCCAUCCAGAACGGGAGACUGAACAAAUAUUCCAUGGUUUCUAAAGAGGAAGAUAAUGCUGCUGUCUCCGAAAAAUAUUGGCUCAACUCCGCCGGUCAUUACAUCUACAUCUAUCCUGAAACGCCUCUGUUUGUCGACUAUCACAAUAUCCUAGACAACCACGUAUGCUUUAUCGCAGAAGUGGCCGCUCCAUACUCCUCCAAAAGAGAGCACAAUAAUCUUAAAUACGAUUUCUGGUUCUUCGACGAUCCUAAAACAGCUCACCAACAUGCAGUAGACACUUAUUUAGGAAAACCUACUGGUAUUCCUGACCGCAGAAUGAUUGAAUUACCUGUCUGGUCUACCUGGGCUAGGUACUCCAGAGAAAUUGACCAGGAAAACGUCUUGGAAUUCGCCAAAGAAAUCGCAGACAGUGGCUUUCCGAAUGCUCAGUUUGAUAUUGAUGAUUUGUGGGAGAUAUGCUAUGGCUCUUUGACCGUGCAAGAGGAUAAAUUCCCUGAUAUGAAAAAACUGGUGCAAGACUUGAAAGAUCUAGGAUUCAGGGUCACCAUAUGGGUGCAUCCAUUCAUUAAUAAGAACUGUGAACCUUGGUACUCUGAAGCUUUGAAUAAUGGGUACUUAGUACUUAACGAAGAAGGCGGCGCAGACACGUCGUGGUGGAAUAACAACGGGUCCGUAGCAUCUUACAUCGACUUUACCAAACCUGCGGCAGGAGCCUGGUUCAGGGACAGACUGCGCAGUCUGGUGGACACCUACGGCAUUGACAGCUUGAAGUUCGACGCUGGUGAAUCUAGCUGGUCACCUCAGAUACCAGUACAAAAUGGGGACAUUGACCUUCAUCCCGGGAAUAUAGUCGAGGACUACCUGAGACUUGUGGCUGAGUUCGGAAAUAUGAUUGAGGUCCGCUCCGGAAUGAGGACCCAGGACCUACCGAUCUUCAUCCGAAUGGUAGACAAAGAUACCCUGUGGGAUUGGGACAACGGCCUCUAUACAUUAAUCACCACCCUUCUCCAGAUGAACCUAAACGGUUACACUUUGGUUUUGCCCGACAUGAUUGGCGGUAACGGCUAUAACGCAAAACCCAGCAAGGAGUUAUUCGUCAGGUGGGCUCAGGCUAACGUCUUUAUGCCGUCGCUGCAAUUCUCCUUCGUACCCUGGGAUCAUGAUGAUGAGGCAGUAGAGAUCUGCCUUCGCUACGUGAAACUGCACGCGGCAUACACAGACGACAUCAUAGCUGCUAUGGAGGCUUCUGUCCGGGACGGAACCCCGGUCAACCCGCCCAUCUGGUGGAUUGACCCCACUGAUCCCGUGGCUUUGGCGGUCUGGGAUGAAUUCCUCCUCGGAGAGAAGAUUCUGGCGGCGCCUGUGGUAGAGGAAGGCGCGGUCUCCCGUAAUAUCUACCUACCUAAAGGUACAUGGCGCGACGGAGUCUCUGGCGAACUGCACCAAGGACCUUUGUGGCUGAACGACUACCCCGCGCCUCUUGAUACUCUACCUUAUUUCACGCUUGAGAACUGAACAUUUGUUAUUAAAACUCGUUCCUAUUUGUAGUUUAUGCCAAAAUAAGUAAAAUAACGUCAUCUUCUCUGCUACGAUAUAAAAUAGCCUAGUCAAAUUCGUCAUUUUAUAAAGUACAUUUGAAUACCACCUCAGGGCAUAUCAGUACGUUACAACUUCAAUUCGUUCAACUACAACAUUUUAUAUAAUAACAACCCAAAAAAUUAGAUACAAGUCUGCACGCUGCGACAUAUCUGAAUCAACUGAGCGAGCCCGAUUCAGCAAUGCGGCUCUUCUAAAGUGAAGUAGGGUGGGGAGGAUGACAUACGAGUACGUAACGUGACUACCGUACUAACUCAUUUAGGCAUACACUAUGGGAAAUAUACUACUGUAAAUAAAUCAUUUAUUAUGAAA